UGCGCGAAUUAGGUCAUUGGCGUAAAGUACCCUAACUCGCUGGCUUUGUGAACGUAGCUGUGUUGUCUCUUAAAAGACCAACAUCGAUCUCAGUGGCACUCCGACGAUCAUGCUACGUGUGAACAAGUAAACAAAUUCUCGCCACAGCACAACGAAAACUUCAUUGCUUACUGCAAUCAUGGUUCGGAUGUUUGGACUGCUUUUGACGGCCUCGGGGCCCAUCAAAUUCGGAUCAAAUGCCAUAGGAAAAAAUACGAGCACAUUUGCAGCGCUGAAAUACUGUGGGUCGACGGUGACGAAUAUGAGUUUAAGGAAAAGUCUGUUACUUGGAGGAAAAGAAGUUACCAGUUUCUCCAGAUUGCUUUCCGUCAAGCCUCCAAGAGGUUUUGAGAAGUAUUUCCCCAAGAAAAGUGAAGAUUCAGAAGAGUCCCCUGGUGUCAUGAAAUCAUGUGAUGAACCCAAAAAUGUGAACUCUAAUGAUCUUCUGUCAGGUGAAAUUAGAAGAAAAGUACACGGAGGAGGCCGAGGCAAAGAAAGUGGUGGUGGACAAGGAGGGGGCAACAACGGCGAAGAUGAGAACUGGUGGAGCCGCAUUCAGAGGGGAGACUUCCCCUGGGACAAGAAAACUUUCCAGCAUGUGGCUAUUGCAGCGGCUGGAAUGCUGUCAGCGUUUGUUUACUUGCACUUAAGGGAGACCGGAAAGGAGAUCUCGUGGAGAGAUUUUGUAAACUACUACCUCACUCAAGGACUGGUUGACCGCCUAGAAGUGAUCAACAAGCAAUAUGUCAAAGUAAUCCCAGCGCCAGGAGUGAACACUUCUGAUGUGAGUUUCGUGUGGUUCAACAUAGGGAGUGUGGAGACGUUUGAACGUAACCUGGAGUUGGCACAGAACAAGCUCGGCAUGGAAUCUCCUCACAAAGUGCCAGUGGUGUACAGCACAGAGAGCGAUGGCUCUUUCCUGAUCAGCUUGCUCCCUACUGCACUUCUACUCGGAUUCCUGCUCUUCGCUCUGAGGCAAGGGCCCAUGAUGGGGGGCCGUGGGAGUGGUGGGAGCCGGAACAACACCUCCAGCAUGAGUGAAUCCAAAGCCAAGAUGAUAAAGGGCAACAUCAGCGUCAGGUUUAAGGACGUGGCUGGCUGUGAAGAGGCCAAAGUUGAGAUCAUGGAGUUAGUCAACUUCCUGAAAAGCCCUAAACAAUACCAGGACCUGGGAGCCAAAAUCCCCAAGGGGGCUGUGCUAUCAGGACCCCCGGGGACUGGGAAGACUCUACUGGCCAAAGCUAUGGCUGGAGAGGCAAAUGUCCCCUUUAUCACGGUCAACGGCUCUGAGUUCCAGGAGGUGUUUGUGGGAGUUGGACCAGCUAGGAUGAGAGACAUGUUCAAUAUGGCCAGGAAGAACGCUCCAUGUAUUCUGUUCAUUGACGAGAUUGACGCAGUGGGCAGAAAGCGAGGCAGAGGGGCGUUUGGUGGGCAGAGUGAGCAGGAGAACACCCUGAACCAACUGCUGGUGGAGAUGGACGGCUUCAACAGCAGCACCAACGUGGUCGUCUUGGCAGGAACCAAUCGAGUGGACGUCUUAGACCCUGCUCUGUUGAGGCCUGGCCGGUUCGACAGGCAGAUUUACAUCGGUCCUCCGGACAUCAAAGGCAGGGCGUCAGUCUUUAAGGUGCAUCUGCGUCCACUGAGACUGGACCCCAGUAUAGACUCCGAUGCCCUCGCCAGGAAGCUUGCUGCUUUAACCCCUGGCUUCACUGGUGCUGACAUAGCUAAUGUGUGCAAUGAAGCAGCACUCAUUGCUGCCAGACAUCUCAACAAAGCAAUCAAGGCUAAGCACUUUGAACAUGCCAUAGAGAGAGUUAUUGGAGGCCUGGAGAAGAAGACCCAGGUCCUUCAGCCCACUGAGAAGACCACCGUGGCCUACCAUGAGGCUGGCCAUGCUGUGGUGGGCUGGUUCCUGGAGCACGCUGACCCCCUUCUCAAGUUGUCAAUCAUUCCUCGGGGGAAAGGCCUGGGUUACGCGCAGUACCUGCCAAAGGAGCAGUACCUGUUCACUCGGGAGCAGCUGUUUGACAGGAUGUGCAUGAUGCUGGGAGGUCGCGUAGCAGAGCAGGAGUUCUUCGGCAGGAUCACCACAGGUGCCCAGGACGACUUGAGGAAGGUCACGCAGUCUGCUUAUGCACAGAUAGUGCAGUUCGGCAUGAAUGACUCGUUGGGUCAGAUGUCCUUUGACCUGGCCCAGCCAGGGGAGCUCAUGUCCGAGAAACCCUACAGUGAGGCCACUGCGCAGCUCAUCGACAGAGAAGUGCGCCAGCUCAUCAACAAGGCCUUCAUCAGGACACAGCAGCUCAUCACCGACAAACGGGACUUAGUGGAGAAGGUGGGUAAACGCCUCUUGGAGAGGGAAGUGUUGGACAAAGGGGACAUGCUCGAGCUUCUGGGGCCGAGACUCUGUGAGGAGAAGUCCUCCUACGAGGACUUUGUAGAGGGCACGGGCACUUUCGAGGAGGACACCAGUCUACCAGAAGGCUUAAAAAACUGGAACCAGGAGAAAGAGGAUCCCCCACAACAGCUUAAAGGAGCUGUAUACGUCUAGACGGGCAUACAGCACGUGUGGUUUCGUGUGUCGCGUGGGCUUGGCAUCAGGACCUGGAGCCUGGCCUCCCCCCAGCAGGGUCAGUAUAGUGCUAUAGGGAUGUAUACCGGUAUACGGUACUCAAUGGACUCACUGUAUGGCAGGGGGCAGGGUGGUAAGAGGCUUUGGUUUCAAAGCUGACCUGCUUCCCUAGAUGGACACUUCAAUUCCACUGACCCGGAAUGUGCAAUCAUCUUUUUUAUUUUUUUAUUUAAGUGCUGAAUAGUGCAGUAAUAUCCCCUAUUCAGUAUUUUUUUUUUCCGGUUCUGAAUAGUACGGUACAGUAAUAUCCAUGUUUAAAAUGGAAUAUUGUGCUCUGAAGAUUGUGGUGUGAAUCGUAUCAUGCCUUGCCUUAUAACCAUGAGUGUUAGUGGUCACAAAACUUUGUAAAUAAGCUUGAUGAAGUGGUCACUCUAAUAAUGCGAAGAACUGUGUUGAACAAGCAACACAAAAAUACUGUAAGACUGUUGGCCUGCUGUUUUGCCUGCUAUGCAAAAAUUUGGAAGUGAAUCAUGCAGUCUAUAGUGGGUGUGUUUGUGUGAGUACGUACGUAUGUAUGUGUGUAUGUUUAUGUAUGCGUGUCUGUGUGUAGGCACAUACAGUAGACAGAUGUAUGUAAUGCCCCAUUCAGACAUAGAGGAUUCUAGUGGAGUGACCAUAAGAACAUGAGAUGUUCAUGUAAUUGCAGGCGAAAUAAUGAUUUGAUAAUGAAUUGCCGACAAUGUGUUUGUCGCUUAAUAUGUGCCUCUUAUGUGUCUAAUUAUAGACACAGCUGCUGGCACCAAAAUGUACAUUUGAAUUGAGUUCUGGUGUCUUUUAUUAAAUAGGACCGUUUGCUCUCCUGGUUUCUGACUUCCAGCACUUUGCAUUCCAGCUGGAAAGACUUGGUUUUCCCUGCUGUUAAUCCAAGUGAAGUCCAUUGUGUUUUUGUUUUUUCUCCAGUAAUUUGUUACUGUUCAUGCUCUAGUGAAAAAGCUGCUGAGACAGCUUUAUCUGUGAAUAAAAAAAGUAAUUUGUGCUUAAAUAAGAGAAAGAGCUUGAUAUGGCUGAAGGAUAUGUUGUGUAUUAGUAAAAUGAAGUUAUCAACAUUGCCAUU